UAGUAAAUGUUUGCUGCCAGUCAAAAUAUACAAUGUGUGUUAAAAAUAUGGAUUUUGUGGCGUUUAGCGUCACAGUUAUAAACUGUACGGCACAAGUAUCAAAGAAUUCUAAGAAACUAGACAUUAUUGUGGCUGCGGCAGAACAGUUUGUGGGACUUAACGAUUUGACAUCUGAAGACUUGCAAGGGGUACUGGUUCCUGAAUACCCGCAGAUUUUAGAUUUUAUUUAUUUAUUUUUUGGUAGUUUGGUAGUUUGUUCCGUUUUUGGGGAAUCCUGUUUCUAUCCCGCACAAUAGGUGGCGGGAUGCACAUUACAUUGUGCGAUCGCCAAUAUACCAUAGAAGAAGAAGAUAGAGAAGAAGAGUUCAUUCAGGAAGCUGUUUGUUAAACGCUUCUGUUUCAAUAUCUAUCAAGGUAACAUCAAUGAAACGCAAACAUUAUGGGAAUUCUUGGCAUAUUUUGCUCCUCAGAGCCCAUGAGGAGAUGAGUGUCCCAGACUACAUGCAGUGUGCUGAGGACCAUCAGACGGUCUUGGUGGUGGUCCAACCGGUGGGCAUCGUCCCUGAGGACCAGUUCUUCAGGAUCUACAAACGCAUCGCCUCUGUAGCCCAGGUGUCCAUCCGGGACUCCCAGCGGAACCUCUAUAUCCGUUACCGCCACCACUACCUCCCAGAGAACAACGAGUGGGGAGACUUCCAGACACACCGCAAGGUGGUGGGCCUCAUAUCUGUGACGACCUGUCGUUCGGCGAAAGAAUGGCCCCAAACGUCGGACCGUUUCUACAGCCAGAAGGAGGUCUUCGGAGCCACGCUGUACGACUCACGGCUCCUGGUGUUUGGGCUACAGGGGGAGAUAGCAGAGCAGCAGAGGACGGAUGUGGCGUUCUAUUCUAGCUAUGAUGACUGUCCCGAUGUGGAGAAAAGGGUGGAGGACUUUGUGGAGUCCAUCUUCAUCGUGCUGGAGUCCAAGAGGCUGGAUAGAGCCACGGACAAGUCUGGGGAUAAGAUACCACUGCUCUGUGUUCCCUUUGAGAAGAAAGACUUUGUGGGGCUGGACACUGAUAGCAGGCACUAUAAGAAGCGUUGCCAGGGCCGUAUGAGGAAGCACGUUGGGGACCUGUGUUUGCAGGCAGGCAUGUUGCAGGAUGCCCUGGUUCACUAUCACAUGGCUGUGGAGCUGCUCCGCUCCGUCAAUGACUUCCUGUGGCUGGGGGCUGCGUUAGAGGGCCUGUGUUCAGCCUCUGUUAUCUUCCACUACCCUGGAGGAACAGCAGGGAAGGCUGCUGGACGCAAACCCAGCCUGGCUCAGGGCCAGGCCCAGGCAGCCGACGCAGGGAAGAGACACCGGCCAGGGGCACAGGAGGUACUCAUAGAUCCAGGUGCCCUCACAGCCAAUGGGAUCAGUGCGGACACCAGCAGUGAGAUUGGUCGAGCCAAGAACUGCCUGAGCCCUGAAGACAUCAUAGAGAAAUACAAGGAGGCCAUUUCCUACUAUGGCAAGUAUAAGAAUGCAGGAGUGAUAGAGCUGGAGGCGUGUGUGAAGGCAGUCAGGGUGCUAGCUGUUCAGAAGAGGGCCAUGGAGGCCUCAGAUAUCCUCCAGAAUGCUGUUUACAUCAACCUGGGACAGCUGUCUGAGGAAGAGAAGAUCCAGCGCUACAGCAUCCUCUCUGAGCUCUACGACCUGAUUGGUUUCCACCGUAAGUCAGCCUUCUUCAAGCGGGUAGCAGCCAUGCAGUGUGUGGCCCCCACCAUCCCAGAGCCUGGCUGGAGGGCCUGCUACAAGCUGCUGCUGGAGACCCUGCCUGGAUACAGCCUCUCCCUCGACCCCAAAGACUUCAGCAAAGGUACCCACCGUGGCUGGGCGGCGGUACAGAUGCGUCUGCUCCAUGAGCUGGUGUACGCAUCCCGUCGUAUGGGAAACCCCGGCCUGUCCGUCCGCCACCUCUCCUUUCUGCUCCAGACCAUGCUGGACUUCCUCUCAGACCAAGAGAAGAAGGAGGUGACUCAGAGUCUGGAGAACUACACAUCUAAAUGUCCAGGAGGAAUGGAGGUUAUCACCCUGCCUGAUGGACUCAAACUGGCCCCUGUACCCUUCAGCAAGCUACCCAUCGUCAGGUCAGCGAAGCUGCUGGACCUGCCCAUCAGCCUGCGCCCCCACAAACAGAAAGGCCUUCUGGGAAACAACAUGUCCACUAAGAGUCCCUUCAUCUACUCUCCCAUCAUCAUGCACAACAGAGGAGAGGAGCGCAACAAGAAGAUAGAGUUCCAGUGGGUCCAGGGAGAUGUGUGUGAGGUCCAGUUGAUGGUCUACAACCCCAUGCCCUUUGAACUCCGCGUGGAGCACAUGGGUUUGCUGACGUCGGGCGUGGAGUUUGAGUCCCUGCCUGCUGCCCUGUCUCUACCUGCGGAGUCUGGGCUCUACCCUGUCACCCUGGUUGGGGUCCCACGCACCGCAGGCAACAUCACUGUCAACGGCUACCAUACGUCAGUGUUUGGUGUGACCAGUGACUGUCUCCUGGAGGGUCUACCCAGUGUGAGGACCAGUGGCUGUAUGGUGGAGGUCAUUCCAUCAUUACCCCGUCUCCAGCUCAGCACCUCUCUACCACGGUCGGCCCACGCCCUCCAGCCCUCUAAAGAGGAGUUGUCCAGCAGUGUGUCUGUCCAGCUCUUUAACGGAGAGACCCAGCAGCUGACCAUCACUCUGGAGAACAUCGGCUCUGAAGACUUGGAGACACUGGAGGUCACCUCCAAGACCUGCAAUACUAAAGAGAAGUUGUUUGGAGAGUUCCUGAGCUGGGACCUAGAGGAGGCUGUGUCUCAGCUGCCUCUGAAGCCAGGCCAGUCUGUCACCCUCACAGUCAACAUCAAAGUUAGACUGGACUUCUCUGGAGGUGAGAACCUGCUACAGGACCUCAACGAUGAUGGGAUCAGUAUGACAGGCCUCCCCAUCUCCAGCCCCCUGAGACAAGUCCUCAAACCCCGGGCUGAGACCAAGCCGUUGGGGAGCGAGUCCAGCAAGACAGACUACAACCACAUCAAGACGUUGGAAGCUGUGAUGACCUUUAAGUACUCGGGGGGAGCAGGCAAGGUGGAGGGCUACUAUCGGGACCUGACCCUGGGAGUGCAUGUUGACAUAGAACCCUCUGUGUUCUUCACCAGAGUCAGCACACUACCAGCCACCAGAACCCGUCAGUGCCACCUGCUGCUGGACGUGUUCAACUCAACAGAACAUGAGCUGACGGUCAGCGCCAAGAACAACCAGGACCUGGUGCUGCACGCCUCAGAGUGUCAGAGGAUAGCGAUCCAGGUGGCUAAGUUUGACUUUGACACGUUGCCCCAGCCGGACCAGGAGGCUGUGCGCUACACCAACCCCAAACUGCUGGAGGAGGAGAGGCUUCACGCCCAGGCCUUUAUGAUCAACAGCACCCUCGGCAUCACCUGGAACAUCCCGUCUGUGUGUCGCCAGGGAGAGGCCAGUGUGGAGGGAGUCCUCAACCAGUUGGUCCUCGAGCACCUGCAGCUGGCACCUCUACAGUGGGACGUGGUGGUGAACGGGAAACCGUGUGACUGUGACAUCAUCGCCGACUGUAAGGUGGGCGACGCUGUGCCAUUGGAGGUGAAACUGACCAAUCAUAGUAAGAACGCGGUUGGACCGUUUGCCCUGACCGUGGUUCCCUUCCAGGACUACCAGAACGGAGUUCAGAACUAUGACCUGCAGGACGCAGUCACCUUCAUAGGAUCUAACACCUUCUACAUAGACACGGUGAACCCCACAGAGAACUCUGUGUGUGUGGGAGCCCUCCUGUUCCUCUUCACUGGAGACUUCUACCUCAACAUCAAAUUCCAGGACGACAGUGCUGGCCAGGGCAAAGCGCUGCCCCCAUCCUGGUUCGGCCUGCCCAGCUUACACAUCAAAGCCCUGGAGGCGCCCAUAGAGGCUGGGGCAUAGAGCCUUGCACUCUAUACAUGAAUUUCUUGCAUCAUUCUCCUCGGCUCCUUCUCUAAACUUCAUACUCAGCAUUCUCACAUCUCUCUGACGUUUGAGGAGGUGGUGAGGCAUGGAGGAAAAGAUAGGUUGACCCACUUGCUGCACAUCACUGAAGGCAUGGAUGGAUGGAUGGAUGGAUGGAUGGAUGGAGGAGAGGACAGUGGACGAUGACACAUUGGACUAAAUAUUCUAGUGGUUAGCUGAUGUCACUCAAUCAUUUGUAAACAGCUGCUGUAACUCUGUUUGAGGUAUUUGUGUAUACUCUGUUAAAGCAUGAAGGAGACAGUAGGUCUUACUGGAUUUGGAAAUCACCUUUUGAAUCAUUUUAGGAAUUUCAGCACCAUGGAAUCAAUCAUUAAAUGUAUCAGCCAUGGUUUUGUGUUGUGAAAAGAUCAUAAGGUCACCUCUUUCCUGCUUUUCACUCGGCUCACCAGGGAUAUAGGGCAUUGUACCAUCCUGAUGCGCUCCAAAUGGGAAAAGGGUGUCAAGUCCUGGCAAGUUCUCUGUGUUAUUAUGUGUCCAAUCCUUCUCUCACAACAAUCUGUCUGAGCAGCACAGUAGAGAUACUCUCAUGUAACCAUGGUUAUGAAGCAGCAUCCUCCUGGGUAUAUGAUUCUAGUUCUGUCUGUAUGUAAAUAUAUAAUAUAUUCUGAGAGGCACAGUGUAUUACUCCACCACAUGAAUCCACAAUCACCUCUAUUGAUUUGUGGUUUCUGCUACUGCAAUUAGCUUGAUUCGCUGUUUUGUCUCUCUCUCUGCGUGACUGUAAACUGACUGAUCUUUACUACUGAGCUUGUAUGUUUGGGCCUCUGUAUCUCCCUGUCGAUAAAAUCCUACAAUAAAUGUUGAGUUGAGCCAACUUCUGAAA